AUGACUGUCCCUCUCACCAAGGUUGACUCGGCCAUCGCCGGUCUCUCCAUACAUGAUGAAAAGCCCCCUGCCUCAACCGAAGUAAAGGCGUCCAAGAAGGAGAAGGGGCAUCGACGGACCUCUUCGGCGGCCGAAGCUGGUGUCUGGCGAAUUGAAGACCUUGAGGAGAAAAAGAUUGAGAUCACCCUGCCAAUUGAGACACAAAAAACUGGAUGGAAACUCAACACAUCACCGUCAUCUAUUGAGGACAAGGACAUUCUCAAGAUGCUUCUUGUCAACCCACCCGUCAAGCGGAUUGAUCUGCACUUCCCCCUAGGCCUGGAGGUCACCGCCAGGAACUCCAAAGGUGUCACGAUCAAGGAUGCUCUAGAUGCAAUUCACAAGCAAUUCAAGAAGAAGGCGGACGAUGAGCUCGACAAACCCUACCUCGCUGGCUUCGAGUGGGACAAAGACGAGUGCUGGACACGCCUCAUCGUCCACCAGACUCACACUAGCACAAUCCCCAAGGAACCUAGCAGCAAGAAGUCCAAGAAGAAGAACAAGGACGAGGCAUAG